UAGGAAAGAUUCAUUGCAUGUUUCUAAAGCCAAUGUAUCUGUGGAAACCAUUUCUUGUCAGUGUAUAUAUUUCUUCCUUCCUUUCUCAAUCCUUUCUCAACAAACGCUUUUACCAAUUCUCUUUACUUCUACCUCUCUUCUCUUGUUUAUCUUUUUUUGCCCUACUCUGUUAGGGUUUCAAGUUCUCUCCUUCUUCUCAUGCAUUCAACCUUUCUGGCUUCUUUUUUAAUCUUCCUCUUUUUGCCUUAUUUGCUGGUUCUUGCAAGUUUUUCUGGGUUUUGGCCUCUUGAUUUCUUUCUGUUUCAAUCAUGCCUGCCCUUGUUAACUACGGUGGAGACGAUGAAUUCUAUUCUGGUGGGUCUUUUCGUACAAAUCCAAUCGAUUUGGGUCGAUUUUAUUCAAUUGGCUCCCAUGUUGAUAUAUACAGCCCUCCUUGCAAGCGGGCUCGUGUUAGUUCCCCAUUUCUUUAUGGAAUUUUGGAGUCUGAGCAGAAUAAGAAGCCAUCAAUUGAUGUCCUUCCAGAUGAAUGCCUUUUUGAGAUCUUCAGGCGCAUCCCUGGAGGCAAAGAGAGGAGUGCCUGUGCUUGUGUUUCCAAGCACUGGCUUUUGCUAUUGAGCAGUAUCCGAAAGGCUGAAAUUUGCAAGAGCAAAAGCACAGUCGCUGAUAGAGAGACAACAGUUUCUGUUUCCCAUGAUGUUGAAAUGGUGUCUUGUGAUGAAAGUGGGGAAAUUGGGAGCGAUGGGUACUUGACGAGAUCUUUGGAAGGGAAGAAAGCAACAGAUAUGAGGCUUGCUGCUAUUUCUGUCGGAACUAGUGGCCAUGGGGGGCUAGGCAAGCUUUCUGUCCGGGGAAGCAACUCUGUUCGUGGAGUCACCAACCUUGGUUUAUCAGCAAUAGCUCAUGGGUGCCCAUCUUUGAAGGCUCUUUCUUUAUGGGAUGUUCCUUCUGUUGGGGAUGAAGGUCUAUUUGAGGUGGCCAGAGAAUGCCAUUUGUUGGAAAAGCUUGAUCUUUGCAAUUGUCCAUCAAUUUCCAACAAGGGUUUGAUUGCAAUUGCUGAGAACUGCCCUAACUUGGUUGCUUUGAACGUUGAAUCUUGUCCAAAGAUAGGUAACGAGGGCUUACAAGCUGUUGGGAAAUUUUGCCCCAAGUUGCAAUCCAUCUCCAUUAAAGGCUGCCCUCUUGUUGGGGAUCAUGGAAUAUCAAGUUUAUUGUCAUCAUCUACUUCUGUAUUAACCAAAGUAAAGCUUCAGGCACUGAACAUCACAGAUUUCUCCCUUGCUGUAAUUGGGCACUAUGGGAAGGCUGUUACCAAUCUUGUCCUCAGCAGUCUGCAGCAUGUGAGUGAGAAGGGCUUUUGGGUCAUGGGUAAUGCUCAGGGUUUGCAGAAAUUGUUGUCUUUGACUAUUUCUUCUUGUCGGGGAAUAACAGAUGUGAGUUUUGAGGCUAUAGCAAAGGGCUGCACAAACCUGAAGCAGAUGUGCCUUCGUAAGUGUUGCUUUGUAUCAGACAAUGGGCUGGUCUCUUUUGUCAAAGCUGCAGGAUGUCUUGAGAGCAUGCAAUUGGAAGAGUGUAACAGGGUUACCGAAUCAGGAAUUGUUGGUGUAGUCUCCAACUGCGGAACAAAGUUGAAAGCUCUUAGCCUUGUGAAGUGCAUGGGAAUUAGAGAUGUAGCUUCAGGAAUGCUAGGGUCCUCUCCUUGUAGCUCUCUUCGGUCCCUGUCCAUUAGAAAUUGCCCAGGAUUCGGCAGUGCAAGUUUGGCUUUGGUGGGCAAGUUCUGCCCUCAGCUUCAGCAUGUAGAUCUGAGUGGCCUUUGUGCUAUUACAGAUUCAGGGCUUCUUCCACUCUUGGAGAGUUGUGAGGAAGGACUUGUUAAGGUGAAUCUUAGUGGCUGCAUGAGUUUAACGGACAAAGUAGUUUCAGCCUUGGCUAGGAUGCAUGGUGGAACUCUUGAAUUGCUGAAUCUGGAUGGUUGCAGACGGAUUACUGAUGCAAGUUUGAAGUCAAUUGCUGAAAAUUGUUUGUUUCUCAGUGAUCUGGAUUUGUCCAAAUGUGCUGUCACUGAUUCUGGAAUUGCAGUCCUGGCUAGCGCAGAUCAGCUCAACCUUCAAGUCCUUUCCCUGUCCGGUUGUUCGGAAGUAUCAAAUAAGAGCUUCCCUUUCCUAAAGAAAUUGGGCAGGACCUUGGUGGGGUUGAAUCUUCAAAACUGCAGUUCUAUCAGCAGCAGCACAAUUGAGCUACUGGUGGAGAACUUGUGGAGAUGUGAUAUCCUCUCCUAAUCAUGGAGGGGAACUAAAAGUGUACUUGAAAGAAUGGACAGAAAUGAAUGCACCAGACUGCCUUGGGGAGUUAAAGAAUUCCAGUUUGGCUUGAUAGAUUGUACAAAUGAAUAAGUUCUCAGUCAGCUCACAAGGGUUGCAGAUCCCGGAAUACGUUUUUGGCCCAUCAGCAAUGCGUGCACUAGUAACUGUAGUUUGGUUGUUUUCCAGGAUGCUUUGGCAGAAUACUUCUCUACCUUUUUUUGGCAGGCUUUCCUCAGAUGGAAAGCUUGUUAUAACUGUUUAGCCCCCAUUGAUGGGAGGCCUCCUCUUUCAUUGCCAUGGUUUCUUGAGAAUCCAGUUAUCAAGUGCUACUGUGCUGGGUUAGAUUUUCACUUGUGGCUACUCAAUUGCACCUCAUGUCAAGUCCCUGUUCUUUUGCUGGAUGUAAGCAUAUGCAGUCUCUAAACAUCUGUCCUCUGUUGUUUGAUGGUAUAAUGAUCCACGAUCCCUGGACCAAGUUUGGUGUGUUUCAGUUUUAAAGUUUACUUUGUUUCUGUCAUCUAUGAGUCUGUUGUUCUAAUAAGCUUAGUGGCAAGUGUCUUAGUAAAGGAUAGUAGUGCUUGAAUCUCUUGUCAGGGUCAGGUUCAGAUUCAGGAUCGGGGAUCUUGUGUGUUUUCUGUCAUCCAAGUCCUUUGUGUGUAAGGUUGCUUUGGGCAGUUCUGUAUCUGGGUGCCUCGAUUUAGCAGGCUUUGGCUGUGGCACAGUUCAUCUCUUUGCCAUACAACAAGUUCAUCCCUUUGUUCUUGUUUUUUUAGCCAGGCCUGAUUUUUGCAGGCUCUCUGAGAUUAUGAAUUGUACUCUGCAACCACUUCAAUAAAAUGUAAUAUUUCCGGUA